AUGAAGGAAGAUCAAAGACUCGAGCUGAUAAAGCUUUUUUUUAAGGAAAAGGGACUUGUAAGACAGCAUAUAGAGUCGUACGAUUACUUUGUAGACCAUGAAAUAAAGGCUCUUGUAAGAGCAAACCAGAUUGUCGAUUCAGACAUCGAUCAUACGUUUUAUCUCAAAUAUCUGGACAUUCGUGUUGGAAUGCCAAGUAUAGAGGAAAACAUGGUUAACUACGAUGUGUUUCCGAUAGAGUGCAGGCUAAGAGACAUGACAUAUUCUGCGAAUAUCUAUGUUGACAUAGAGUAUGUCAGAAACAGACAAAUCAUUGUUAAAAGGGAUAUUUGCAUUGGAAAAAUGCCUGUGAUGCUGCGAAGUAGCAGAUGCCAUCUAAGAAAGGAAGCAAAGGGCAUAAUAGAAAGUAACAAAACCAGAGACAGGAAGAUCCGAGAAUCUCAGGAAUGUCCGUUGGAUGUUGGAGGCUAUUUUAUUAUUAGAGGAAUUGAAAGAGUGAUAUUAAUACAAGAACAACUUUCAAAGAACAGGAUCAUUAUCGAGUCCGGGCCAAAAGGGCUAUUUGCUUCUGUUACAUCUUCCACGGAUGAACACAAGAGCAAGACGUCCGUAACCAUCAAGGAUGAUUGCUACUACUUGAAGAGUUCGAUGUUCAACGAAGAGAUCCCGGCAAUAAUCGCAAUGAAAGCUCUUGGGUUGACACAGGAUAAGGAAAUAGCGGAGUGCAUUGGAAAAGAGUAUUUUGAGAUUAUAGUCCCUAGCUUUGGAGAGUGUAUAUCAAAGGAGGUGUUUACUAAGGACCAGGCUCUCCUUUACAUGAGCAACUAUAUAAAGUUAAAACCAGAGGACAAUAGAAUAGAAGAGGUUCUGACUAUACUGUCUGAAAAAGUAUUGCCAAAUGUUCAGACAGAAGGUUGUAAUCUAAGGAAAAAAGGGAUUUACAUAGCACUAAUGAUCCGAAGGCUUGUACAAACAAAACUCAACAUACUCAAGGAGGAUGAUAAAGAUUUCGUUGGGAACAAGAGGUUUGAGCUGGCUGGACAGCUAUUAUCGAUCCUUUUUGAAGACACAUUCAAAAGAUUUAACUUUGAGUUAAAGAAAUCGAUAGAUAAGAUAUUGAGCAAAAGAUCCAGAGCACAAGAGUUCGAUGCAUUGACAUUUCUGAACCUGCAGGCCAAUAUGAUUACAUCCACUCUUUCGAGGGCAAUUUCAACAGGAAACUGGAAUCUAAAGAGGUUCAGGAUGGAAAGAAGCGGGGUAACGCACGUUUUGUCAAGGCAUUCCUACAUAUCUGCAUUGGGGAUGAUGACAAAGAUAAACUCUCAUUUUGAAAAAACAAGGAAGGUGAGUGGUCCUCGAUCUCUUCAUACGUCAUCUUGGGGGAUGCUUUGCCCUGUUGACACACCCGAAGGAGAGUCAUGUGGUCUUGUGAAGAAUCUUGCUUUGCUGGCGGAAAUAACAACCAACUCCGAUACAAGACCAGUGCUGGAUCUAAUGUUCAGACUUGGAGUUGUUGAUAUUAACUCUGUCUAUACAAGAGAGAUACAUCAGAAAGAUAUGUUUUCUGUGUUUCUAAACGGGGAUAUCGUUGGGAUCACCAACAAAGCGGGCUUUCUUAUAGAGCAAUUCAGGCUAAACAGAAGAAAAGGACUUAUUGGAAAGUUUGUAUCCAUUUACAGGGUACCAGCUGAAAAGGUUAUCCACGUAGCUUCUGAUAAUGGCCGAGUGUGCCGUCCACUAGUUGUGAUCGACAAAGGAAGGAUAAAUCAGAUGAUAAUUUCAAACCAAGUUGACAAGUAUCUCGAGGCCUUGAAUAUUUCAGAGAAAAUAGAGAUGGGAAGCGAGAGAUCCUUUUUUGAUUGCUAUCUCAAGUACAAGUCAUUUUCUGAUCUUUUAGAGGAGGGCUUUGUUGAAUACCUUGAUGUUAAUGAAGAGAACGACUGUCUUGUGGCGCUUAGGCCUGAAGACAUAGUCGAAGAAACAACACAUCUUGAGAUUUCUGAGUUUGCGAUUCUAGGAUAUGUAGCUGGUCUAGUGCCAUUUCCCCAUCACAAUCAAAGUCCCAGGAACACAUACCAAUGUGCCAUGGGAAAGCAGGCCAUUGGACACAUAUCCCUGAAUGUUAAGAAGAGGUUUGAUCCUGUGAUUCUACAACUCACAUACACUCAUCGGCCCAUGGUGUCUACCAAGAUUCUAGAUCUUAUAAAUUACAAUGAAAUACCUGCAGGACAAAAUGCAAUGGUCGCUGUUAUGAGCUACUCCGGAUACGAUAUAGAAGAUGCUCUUGUCUUGAACAAGACGUCGAUUGAAAGAGGUCUUUUCAGAGUAGAAGUAUAUAAAACAAUUACGACUUUGUUGAAAAAGCACAGUAAUGGUUUGUCUGAUAUCCUCGGGCCAAAUCCAAAGGAAAGUGUCUUAGAUGAUGAUGGAUUGGGAAAGCCUGGAAAGAUGAUAAGAGAUGGGACUGUAUAUGUGAAUAAGAUGUCGCCAGUGGAAGGAGUGUAUAAAUUCACAGGUAAAGUUCAUCGAGGAGACCCUGCGUAUAUUGAUAAGGUUCUCAUCACCAAAUCUCAGGAUCAGAUUCUCAUAAAAACUAUGCUACGCCAAACAAGGCCUCCAGAGAUCGGAGAUAAGUUCAGCAGUAGGCAUGGACAGAAAGGGGUUGUAGGUUUGAUUGUUGGGCAAGAAGAUAUGCCGUUCAAUGAUCAGGGUAUCUCUCCAGAUAUCAUUAUGAAUCCUCAUGGAUUUCCAUCUAGAAUGACUGUUGGAAAAAUAAUAGAGCUUAUUUCUGGGAAGGCUGGAGUGUUGUCAGGGCAAAUACUUGAUAGUACUGCAUUCAAAGAAAACUCAGUUGAGCAAACAUGCGAGCUUCUGGCCAAGCACGGAUUCAGUUACUCUGGAAAAGAUUGUUUUACAAGUGGGACGACUGGUGCUCCUUUAACUGCAUACAUAUUCUUUGGGCCAGUAUUUUAUCAGAGACUUAAGCACAUGGUAGCAGACAAGAUCCACAUGAGAGCACGGGGACCCCGGGCAAUACUCACGAGACAGCCAACAGAGGGUAGAAGCAAAGACGGAGGUCUUAAGCUGGGAGAAAUGGAGCGCGAUUGUUUAAUAGGAUAUGGAGCGUCUUCUCUGAUUAUAGAAAGACUAAUGAUAUCUUCGGAUAUGUUUGAAGCCUAUGUAUGCAAACCGUGUGGAGUACUAGCCUUCAAGGGCUGCUGUGUUGCUUGUAAGAACACAAAGCCAGCAAAGAUAAAGAUGCCAUAUGCUUGUAAGCUUCUGUUCCAAGAACUCAUAUCUAUGAACAUUCUUCCUAGACUUCAUAUUGAAUGA